GAGCGAUCGCAGAUGGUUGUCAUGUCGUGAGAUUUGAAAAGAACUUGUUCGUCAAACCUCAACCAGAAUGUCAUCUUCUGCACCGCUUGACGUCCAGAAAAAAAUUUUGUGCAAUGAAACAAAAUUAAACAGAUACUUCAUGAAUGGUGCCUGUGCAAAGAACGAUUCGUGCACUUUCUCGCACGACAGAGCAGAUCCACUGUCUACAAUUUGCACAUUCUACAAAAAUAAAAGUUGUUCCUAUGGUUCGUCCUGCAGAUAUGAUCAUGUGAAGGUUGACGAUCCCAAAACGAUAUCAAAAACUAAGACCAAAGUUAAAUUUAAAGCGUUGGUAAGCUCAAAUCAGGAAUUACUAUUACCGUCUUCCUCAUCAACAUCAGUUGGUAGCAACUGGGCAGAUGCUCCUGAGUUUGUUCCUGGUCAACAGUGGCUUCCUCCUGAACCGUCGUUAUAUUCCAGCAUUGUUCAAAGUGGUCUGAUUGUCGGGCCGGAUGUUUUUGAUGAGUUUGUGUGUGCGUACUGCAUGGAGACUUUCGAUCCCAACGACGAUUUGCACAUGCAGACCUGCACAUCAUACCACGAGGAAGCGAUGAAUGAAUCGUUCAGACAACAAGUCAGUUCAAGUCAGGUGUGUGGCAUCUGCCUGGAAGUCGUCUGGCACAAGAAGCCGACAUCGAGACAAAGGUUCGGCGUGCUGUCCGGCUGUGAUCACGUGUUCUGCUUGGAAUGCAUUCGCAAAUGGAGGACCCAGCAAGGAGUUCAUGAUGACGUCAGGUUAUGUCCUCAAUGUCGAGUCAGAACUGAUUUUGUCAUUCCAAGUCAUUAUUGGUACGAAAAUAAAGAGGACAAACAGGAUCUUAUCAACGCAUACAAGACAUCACUGAGUAAAAAGCCCUGCAGAUAUUUCGUGCGUGAUGGGUUCUGUCCAUUCACGAAGAAUUGUUUCUACUCACACGUCGGUGAAGAUGGACGAGCAGGUGAGUGCCUCACAAGGUUCAAACAAGCAGCGGACGGAUCUUCAAUGCUCAUCAAAACAAACAAACUUUCGGAUUUUUUUGACGAUGAAGAAAUGAACAGAACUAAUAAUUGAUGUUAUUCCAGCAUCUGCCGCUUUGAAAUUUUUAAAAAAAUUACUCUCUAUUUAUUAUUUCAUGUUAAUUUAUUAGUUUAUUGCCGGUUUCUUCAUUUUUAGGAUUAAUUUUGUUGUCUCCGAUACAAAAAAUGUCCAGCUGCAUUGUUGGAUUGUCUAAAUUUUGGUUGAUGAAAUCUUGAAAUUUGUAUGUUUAAAAUAUGUUUGUGCGUGUUUGGCAAUGAAAAAACUGCAUGAUAGUCUAAAUUUGCAGUAUUUAAAUAUGUCAAAUUUUCUGCUAAAUAAAUUGUUAAGAAAUUUUUAUGAAUGAUAACCAUCUGCUCAAUUUUCAAUAAAAUUUUAUCUUUAGCA